CACCGUCCUAACGCAUCUCUCCAUCACCAAUUCACAUUCCAAGAGGCGAUUUUACAACUCGAACCUCCAAGCUUCUAUCAGUACAACCUCCUCCCAUCGCUUAUCCUUGCACUCGAGAACCGAACCAACAUGGCAGAAGUGCAGGAGCAGCCUCAGCCUCUUCACGAACGAAAGCCGCGCAAGUCGGUCGCCUUCAGCGCCGAGGACACCAUCAUGGAUGAGAACGGCUACAUCUCCGAAGCGCCUCGCAGCGACACGGAGGAAAAGGUGACGGCGCAGAAACAUUCAUCACCGCCUGAUGCCGACAAGCCAGUCGAAGAAUUGACCGACAUGUUCGCGGGAUUGAACAAGAAGAAGAAGAAAUCGUCGAAACCAAAGACCACCGAAGAUGGAGCUGAUGGCGACGCACCAGCGCCCGCCGCUGAUACCGAGUUCGACCCGACCGUCCUGAAGAAGAAAAAGAAGAAGUCGACCAAAUCAAAGACCGAGGGUGGCGACUUUGCCGCGAAACUGGCGAGCGCGGGCGUCGACGGGCUUGGAGGAGAAGAAGGCGCCAACAAAGCCGGUGGCGAGGACGGCACUGCGCAGGAGCAGACGGGCGACAUGAACGCCGGCACGGGUAUCUGGGCCCACGACGCCACCACCCCCAUCUCGUACGAAUUGCUCCUCAAACGGUUCUUCCAGCUCGUCAACGAACAUAACCCGGACAUCCUGGCCUCGGGAAGCAAGUCAUACAAGAUCCCGCCGCCGCAGUGUCUGCGCGAAGGGAACAAGAAGACCAUUUUCGCAAACAUUGCCGAGAUCUGCAAGCGUAUGAACCGGAACGACGAACACGUCAUCCAGUUCCUGUUUGCCGAACUGGGUACCUCGGGCUCCGUCGAUGGCAGCAAGCGCCUCGUCAUCAAGGGUCGCUUCCAGCAGAAACAGAUUGAGAAUGUCCUCCGUCGUUAUAUUGUCGAGUAUGUCACUUGCAAGACCUGUCGCUCGCCCAACACCGAGUUGUCCAAGGGUGAAAACAGAUUGUACUUCGUCACGUGCAAUUCCUGCGGAUCUAGAAGGUCGGUCGCGGCCAUCAAACAUGGUUUCACCGCCCAGGUCGGCAAGCGCAAGAGGAUGAACGGUUAAACUUGAAUGGCCCUCAAAGAAUGAUUUGCAGUGUGGCAGAUUGGAAUGGAAGCAGAGAGUCUGUGACAAACACGGAGGUUACCAUUUCGAGAUGGUUCAACGCUUUGUGCUGUCCGGGGAAUUGGGGUCUAUGGUCUGUAUGGGGCGUUGCUUCACAAGUACACGGGAAGAGCAUGGUCGUGUGUACCUUAGCUUCAUAUCCAAAUGAUGAACUCAAAGAACUAGACGUUUCGAACCUCGUUUCGGCCUUGGUGCCUCAGCAAGCUAGGGCUUUCAAAAUGCUGCCUGUUGCUGUUUGGUUGCUACAUAUCCACUUGUGAUGCAGAUUAACCAGUUAAAUACGUGAAAUAGAACUCAUGAUGGCAACAAUGCUAGAAAACUCUCGGCGCUCCUCGA